CUAGACUUUCGCCUCUUUCAUUGUACCAAAAACAGUAGCCUUCUUCGUUUUCUUUUUUUCAUUUUAAGAUGACGAGAACCAAAUUCCAACGCGUCCCAAUUGUUGACGAGAAGGCAAGGAAACUGACGCUGAAGAAGAGGACCAAGAGCUUGUUCAAGAAACUGGAGGAGCUCUCCAUCUUAUGUGAUGUGAAAGUCGCUGCCAUUGUUCUAGAUCAUUCACAGGACGAAGACGCCGACAAAGAAGUGAUGUGGCCUUCCAAGGAAGAUUUCAAGGAGAAGCUAAACAGGUAUUUGAGCACCCCUGGUUUCCAGCGCAUUAAGAAAAUGACCACUCAUGGGGACUUCCUUGUGAAGACCCUAAGAGCUAAAGCGGAGAAAUUAAAGAAACUCACUAAAAAGAAUGAUGAAAAGGAGAUGUUGAUUAAUAUCAAUGAGAUUUUGGAAGGCAAGCGUAGGAUUCAAGAUUUAGACUUGACUCAAACUGAGCGCUUAUUAACUUACUUGAAAAGUGCUAUGAAAACCCUAGAUAUAAAAACUCAAAACCUAAUGCUCCCACCAUACCAAAGAAAGCAACCAACAGCUCAGGAAUUGGAAACCCUCUCAAAGAUUUCCAACAUUUUUUUCCCAUUGAUCAAAGAAACUCAACCAGCUGUUUUAGAGAUGGAAAAUUGCUCAAAUAUCAUCAUCAACAACAACAAUAACAACAACAACAGUAUGGUUUUUUUUCUUCAGCAACAGAAUCAAUUUUUUGGUGCUAGCAGUUGUCACUCUACUAAUGUUCACCCCUUCCAAGAAGAGCUGGAUGAGCAGUUUUUCCCUCAUCAUGGAUUUGGAUUCAACUCUUAUCAUGCAGCUCUGGAUCCAAUUCCAGAGCCUUCAGCAACUUUGUUAGAAGAUGGUGCCUUCUUUGAAUCUCUUUUUGAGGAUGAUAAUCUUGAGGAGUUUGGUCCAGCUGUAGCCGUUGAAAUUUUCAUUCCGGUGGAAGAGGCGGAGCUGGAAAGAGGCAUUUUUCAUAUUGAAGGUUGGAAGGUUGGACUGCACGGGAGCAAGACAGAGGCAACCCAUUUAGCAUUGUACGUAGAGGUUGCAGAUGAACCUGUUCAAGAUGUUGGGGAAGGAACUACUGGUGGUCAGUAUGAUGGUGCAGGGAGUAGUGGUGUUGGUGGUACCAAUGAAGAUGACGAUGACACAGAAGAUGACGUACAUGGGAACAGUGACGAGGAGUAUGUGCCGUCCGAUGAGUCUGAUGAUGAUUACAGUGACCAUGACGCAUCUUCAGUAGUAAUUUCUAUUUUUGAUGACAUCGUGACAUAG